AUGAAGGCAGAGAAGGUGACUGCCUGUAACAAUAGGAUCAUUGGAAACUCCAAGGGGAUUGAACCAUUUUGGUGGGUGCUGGAGGGGGCAGCCUCUUUAAGGAUUAAGAUGGGAAUAGAGGUGAGGAAAGAGGGAUUCCACGAAGAUUCAACUUUACCUUUUGCUAGAAAGGAUGCAGAGAGACUUGGCAAUAAGUCAGAGUCGUGGUCAAUAUUUGUAUGGGAGAAUUCUGGCAGCAGCACAUCAACAGACAAGCCUAAAUUACUGGUUCUUAGUAAAAAGUAUGAACUGCUCAUCUAUGAAUUCAAUUUGAAAGAUGGAAGAUGUGAUGCAGCCCUUAUGUGUAGCUGCAAUAGGGAGAUGUUACAGAAGCUCGUGGAAGAUCAAAAUGCCAAUAUUUUUGACACUGUGAAUGGUGCCCAUGUAGCUGAUGUGGAUUUGGCAUUGCACCAAGAAGAGACGUGUGGUGAGCAGCCGGAGGAGCCAGCCGAGGUGUCUUCCUUCACGUCAGUGAAAGUGUCUCAGGACCUGGAUGUGGUUGUGAUCGUCAGCUCCUCCAGCUCCGCCAUUGCGCUCAACUUAAAUCUGUACUUCAGGUUUCAUGCUGGGAUAGAAAAUCGUCAGCUGGACACAGUAGAUUUCUUUCUGAAGAGCAAAGAAAAUCUUUUAACUCCAUCCUCAAAUUCUUCUGUGCUCGGUCAAUAUGAUCACUUUCCAUCUGAUUUAUACUUAAGAAAUGUAGAAGAACUAACACCAGCAUUGGAUUUACUUUGCUCAGCAAUUAGAGAAAGUGAUUCUGAGACUCAAAGCAAACACUUUUCAGAACAAUUGCUUAAUCUUACACUGACCUUCCUUAACAAACAAAUAAAAGAGCUUUUUGUUCACACUGAAGAGCUAGAUGAACCUCUGCAGAAAGGAGUGCACAUUUUGACCAGCUACAUUAAUGAGCUUCGAACCUUCCUGAUAAAGUUUCCUUGGAAGCAAACAAAAGCUUUGAAUGGAUGUGGGGUGGAUGGAUGUGGUGUAAAUGAAAAUGUCCCCAAAGUAGAGGAGAGCAACAUAUGGGAGAAACUCAGCUUUAAGGAAGUUAUUGCCAAUGCCAUCUUAAACAACAGAAUCCCAGAGGCACAAACCUUCCUCAGGAUGAACGGUCAUUCUGCUCAAAGACUGGAAGAGCUGAUUAAAAUUGGCCUAGGUGUGGUCUUUGACAACCUAAGAAAGAACAACAUAAAGGAAGCCUCUGAGCUUUUGAGGAAUAUGGGUUUUGAUGUAAAAGACCAGUUGCUCAAGAUAUGUUUCUAUACAGCUGAUAAAAGUAUACGGGACUUUUUGGUUGAAAUUUUAAAAGAGAAAAAUUGUUUUUCUGAAAAUGAAAAAAGAACAAUAGAUUUUGUGCAUCAAGUUGAGAAGUUGUACUCGGGACAGUCCCAAGAAAAAACGCAAAUCCAGCCCUUUCCCAGGUACUGGAUAAAAGAACGAGAUUUUUCCAAGCACAAAUCUGUUUUGGACUCGGUCCUGAAAUGCAAUAAAGAUGAAUGUAACAAACAGGACCUUCGAAUGGUGUUAAAUUGGGCUCAGUGGUGGGAUCAACAAACACAAGAAUCCAUCCUUCUUCCCAGGAUAAGUACAGAAGAUUACAAAUCUUACUCUCCGGAAGCCCUCUGGAGACACCUCACAGCUCAUCACGAUUGGUUAAACAUUAGCUUAUGGAUCAGAGAAUUGCAGAGCCAGGACAGCGGGGCUUCGCUACAGCAGAACAAAUGGCCUCCUCUGACUGUUGAUGUUAUUGAUCAGAACACCUGCUGCAACAACUACAUGAGGAAUGAAAUUUUAGAUAAGUUGGCCAGGAGCGGAAUUUUCCUUGUAUCUGAGCUAGAAGACUUUGACCUCUUCCUUUUAAGACUGAGCCGCAUUGGGGGAGUGCUGCAAGAUACUCUCCCUGUUCAAAACUACAGGACCAAAGAAGGUUGGGAUUUCCAUUCUCACUUGAUUCUCUAUUGUCUGGAGCACAGCCUGCAGCAUCUUCUGUAUGUCUACCUUGACUUCUACAGACUUAGUCCUUCAAAUUGUCCCUUUUUGGAAAAAAAAGAAUUACAUGAAGCUCACCCCUGGUUUGAAUUUUUAGUUCAGUGCCGACAAGUGCCCAGCAAUUUAACAGAUCCCAAACUGAUCUUCCAGGCUAGUCUUGCAAAUGCGCAGAUACUGAUUCCUAGCAACCCAGCCAGCGUGAGCAGCAUGCUGUUGGAUGGACACACCCUCUUGGCCCUUGCUACCACGAUGUAUGCUCCCGGGGGGGUCAGCCAGGUGGUUCAGAAUGAAGAAAACGAGAACUCUUUGAAGAAAGUAGAUCCCCAGCUACUGAAGAUGGCAUUGACUCCUUACCCCAAGCUGAAAUCUGCUCUCUUCCCACAGUACUCGCCUCCUCAUAUCCUGCCACACGAUAUUACACUCUACCACCUCAUUCAGUCCUUGUCGCCCUUUGAUCCCAGCAGAUUGUUUGGCUGGCAGCCCGCCAACACGCUGGCUAUAGGAGAUGUAUCAAGUGAUCUCCCACAUUUCUCUAGACCUGACCUCGUUAAUAAAUAUGCUGUAGUGGAGCGUCUGAAUUUUGCUUAUUACCUACAUAAUGGACGACCAUCAUUUGCAUUUGGUACAUUUCUAGUCCAGGAAUUAAUCAAGAGCAAAACUCCCAAGCAGUUGAUUCAGCAGGUAGGCCAUGAAGCCUAUGUUUUAGGGCUCUCCUCCUUCCACAUACCUUCAAUAGGAGCUGCCUGUGUUUGUUUCUUAGAAUUGCUUGGCCUUGACAGCCUCAAGCUCCGAGUUGAUAUGAAAGUGGCCAAUGUGAUUUUGAGCUACAAGUGUAGAAAUGAAGAUGCUCAGUACAACCUCAUCAGAGAGUCUCUAGCUGAAAAACUAUCCAAACUGGUUGAUGGUGAAAAGGCAGCCACAGAAGAAUUGCUUCUUCUUGUUGAAGAAGGUACAUGGAACAGUAUCCAGCAACAGGAAAUGACGAGGUUAUCCAGUGAAGCUAGCAGCCAGUGGGCGUUAGUGGUACAGUUCUGCAGGCUCCACCAUAUGAAACUGAGUGCGUCAUAUCUCGUAGAGUGUGCCAAAGCAAAUGAUUGGCUGCAGUUCAUUAUUCAUAGUCAGCUCCAUGGCUACCCUACGGAGGAGGUGAAAGCCCUUCUCCAGUAUUUCAGCCCAGUCCUUGAAGACCAUUUAAGACUGGCUUUUGAGAACGUACCUUCAGAGUUCAAUUCCGGAGUGGUUAGUGAUCAGGUCUCCAACAAGUCCCCCAUGAGGCUCCAUGAAAACAAAGAACAGAUGACUGAUCUCUUUCGAAUUUUGCUCCAGUGCUCAGAGGAGCCAGACUCAUGGUGCUGGCUCCUGGCAGAAGCAAUAAGACACCAGGCCCCAAUCCUGAGCGUCCUGGCCUCCUGUCUCCAGGAUGCCAGUGCUCUUUCUUGUCUCUGUGUUUGGAUCAUCACCUCUGUGGAGGAGAGUGUUGCUGCUGAAGCCAUGGAUCACCUUCAAGGUUCAAUCGAGGGCCAUACCUGGGACCUUGGGGACCUCUCAGCUGCCUGGAGAACACUGCUAGCCAAGCAGAAGAGCAAAACUCUCAUCAGAGGCUUCCAGCUCUUCGUUCAGGAUUCCCCCCUCUUGUUGAUGCUCGAGACAUAUGAACUGUGUGUGUUCUUCAAGAACUACAAGGAAGCCAGCGCCAAACUGCUGGAGUUCCAGGACAGCCUUGCCGCGCUUGAAGCAGCAGCCCCAAAGGCCCAUCCUCUCAGCCCUCCCUCCUGGCUGCGGGAGCAGGGGCGUGUCCUUUUGAAGCUGAUGCUGCAGCAGUGUGGCACCCAGUACGAGCUGGAGAGGCUCCUACAGCUGCUCAUUGGACUGGAGCAUCUCUUCUCUGAUGGUCCAGAUGUGAAGAAGCUUUGUGACCUCAGCCAAAUAUUGAAGGAUACAUCUAUAUCCAUUAACCGUGCACUUAUCACCAGUUACAGCACCGAGACUUUCCAGCAUGAGUGUAGAUCUGUUUUGGAAAGACUGCAGGCAGAUGGACAGUUUGCUUUGGCCAGGAGGGUAGCAGAAGUAGCGGAGUUACCUGUGGACAACUUGGUCAUUGAAGAGAUGACUCGGGAAAUGCAGACUCUAAGACACACGGAACAGUGGUCCCUUACCCAAGAAAGAGCUGGCUUCUGGAAAAAGUGCCAUGAGAGUUUUAAGAAACAUUGCGUUUCCCGCAAAGCUGCUUCAUCUUUUUUCUCAUCCCAGGCCCUGGCAGCGAGUGUGCCCCCACCCCAGCCCGAGGAGCGCCAUCUGCUGCUCACCCUGGCAGGGCACUGGCUCGCUCAGGGGGCCCUGGUGCCCUUGGCCGAGCUGGAGGAGCUGGAGAAGCAGAUCUGGCUGUGCCGCCUCAGUCAGCACACAGUGGGAGGGAGCCAGGAGGAAACAGACCCCAGAGCUUCUCAGCAGCUCCCAACCCGGGGCAAACUCUCCUUUGAUAGCUUAGCCAGGGAGUUUGCCUUCUCCAAGUUGCCUGCUCUGAACACAUCAGAAUACUUAGAGCUUAAUGGUGUUCCAUCCAAAGGCUCCCGCGAGAAUGAACUGGAUUGGAAAGAGGCAGAGUCUCUGAAUGUUUUGAUCGGGCAUCUAUUGGAUGAAGGCUCUGUACAUGAAGCCAGCAGAGUCUGCCGGUAUUUUCGUUUCUACAACCAAGAUGUUUCCCUGGUGCUGCACUGCAGAGCGCUGGCCGCAGGGGAGGCGGGUGGGGACGAGCUGCACCCAGAGGUCUGUGCUUUCCUACACAGGCCGGAGCCGCUUGAGGAAGAAGGGGACAGCCUUCCCCCGAGGAAAGGCCAGAGCAGAAGAUCUGAAUCGGGGAGGCUGGAGCCGGGGAGGCAGGCGGCUUCAAGUUUGGAUAGUCAGCCCGUUGUGAUGGUGCCGCCCAGUGACAGAGUGGCGGCUGACCUGGAAACUCUGACUAGCAAAUGCGUGCACGGGAAGACCUACUGCCGCCGGGUCCUGUGUCUGCAUGAACUCGCCAAGGAGCUGGGCUGUUCCUAUGCAGAGGUCGCUGCCCAGGAUGGGGAGGCCGUGCUCCGGGCAAUCUUGACCUCUCAGCAGCCUGACCGAUGCAAGCGAGCCCAGGCCUUCAUCAGCACUCAGGGCCUCAAGCCGGACACUGUGGCUGAACUAGUGGCUGAAGAGGUGACACGGGAGCUGCUGACCCCAUCAGAAGGAUCAGGACACAAGCUGAUGUUCAGCCCUGCGGAGGAAACCCAGCCGUUCUUGCAGCUGACCAUGCUGUGUCAAGACCGCACCCUCGUGGGGAUGAAGUUGCUGGAUAAAAUCUCCUCUGUGCCCCAUGGGGAACUGUCUUGCACCACAGAGCUGCUGAUCCUGGCCCAUCAUUGCUUCACUCUGACUUGCCACAUGGAGGGCAUUAUCCGAGUGCUGCAGGCCGCCCGGCUGCUCACUGACAACCACUUGGCCCCCAGUGAGGAGUACGGACUGAUGGUGCGUCUCCUUACCGGCAUUGGAAGGUACAACGAGAUGACAUACAUAUUUGAUUUGCUGCAUAAGCACCACUACUUUGAGGUGCUGAUGAGGAAGAAGUUGGAUCCGAGUGGCACGCUGAAGACAGCCCUACUUGACUACAUCAAGCGCUGCCGCCCCGGGGACAGUGAGAAGCACAACAUGAUUGCCCUGUGCUUCAGCAUGUGCCGGGAGAUCGGCGAGAACCACGAGGCGGCUGCAUGCAUCCAGCUGAAAUUGAUCGAGUCUCAGCCGUGGGAGGAGAGCCUCAAGGAUGGGCACAAGCUGAAGCAGCUGUUGCUGAAAGCCCUGACACUGCUGCUGGAUGCUGCUGAGAGCUAUGCCAAGGACUUCUGCGUGAGACAGGCCCUGCGCUGUCACAAGCUCACCAAGUUGAUAACGCUGCAGAUUCAUUUUCUGAACACUGGCCAGAAUACGAUGCUCAUCAAUCUGGGCCGACACAGGCUGAUGGACUGUAUCAUGGCCCUACCUCGGUUCUACCAGGCUUCUAUUGUGGCCCAGGCCUAUGAUUUUGCUCCAGAUUGGGUUGAAAUUCUAUACCAACAAGUGAUUCUUAAAGGCGAUUUUAAUUACUUGGAAGAGUUUAAGCAGCAGCAGUUAUUAAGAGCCGGCAUAUUUGAAGAGAUAUCAAAAAAGUAUAAACAACAUCAGCCUAUUGACACGAUGGUGAAAAACCUUAAGAAGUUACUCACGUAUUGUGAAGAUAUCUACCUCUAUUACAAGUUGGCAUAUGAGCACAGGUUUUAUGAUGUUGUAAAUGGGCUUCUGAAGGACCCUCAGACAGGCUGCUGUCUGAAAGACAUGCUGGCAGGCUAGAUGGAGUCAGAUGGAUGGCAGGAGGGCGGCUGCAGAGGUGCCUUUCCUUGUGCUCACAGGAGCUCUGAGAUGCCUGUGAAGCCCUGGGAGAUUUGUGAAAUCCAAGCUGUUAAAUCCGGGGACUGUAUGACACCCAAGUCCUUUGUAAGUGGCAGGCUAAGAAUGAGAUAGACUUUUCAUAGUGAACUUCCUACUUAAAAGUGAUUGUUCAUGUAGGCCUUUUUUUGGUGGCCAUUAGUAUCAAUACCAAAAACGCCAUCUUCCUCAGGACAGCUUCUAAUGGAUUAAAGAAUACCUGUGCCUGCAGAUUCCACUUUCAAAGGAAUUUAAUAUUUACACAAUUAAGGAAUGGGUGAUACAUUUAGAAACCGAUCUCUCUAUAAUAAAAUAGAAUUUUAAAGCAGUCUACCAUUGAUCGUAACGUACUCCUUAGCCCUUAUCUGCCUUAAAACCAUCUUUGUUAUAAUUAUUGCUGGGCUGUUACUGCUGUUUCUUUCUCUAAAAUCACUCAUAUGGCCCUGUCUUCCACUAGUAGCAGUUCAUAGAGCUGAUUUGAAAAUCCUAUUUCCUAUGUAGGAAAAAUUAUGACUACCACCCCUCCCCCAUAUUUUUAUUCUGUGAUCAUUGUAAUACAAAGAUUACAAUAACAAAUUUGGUUAAAUAGCUUCAGAUGUGAUUGAUAAUAAAGGUGGUCACCUUAUGCACUUAGGGAUGACUAAGUAUACAUUUAUCCCCUCAACAUGUCCCUCUGAAGUUAUAGGUUCAGUUAACUCCAAAUAAAUAGCUCUAGAUAUUUAACUAGGCCAUUUGUAUUUAAACAAAAAAUUAUUUCCCCAAAUAAAUACAAGGCAGGCAUCCCUACACCGUUGUUGUUCCUAGGGGUGACAUUGACUAUUGAAGAACCUAUCAAAUUACUCCUGUUUUAAAGCGUAGCUAUCAGUCAACCAUUUGCUGAGUUCAGCAGAGAGUAAGUCCCAAGAGCUGUUCUGUACUCUCAAAAAAUACCUCUUGGGAGGUAACACAAAAAAUUAAGUCCUCACAAUAGUGAUUUUAUUAAAUUAGUUGCUUUAUAAAACAUUGCAGAUGUCAUAAUUGUUAACGUAACAAUUUAUACCAAACUGUAGUUAUCGGGUGCAGUUUGCUGAGCAUGUUUUAUAAAGGAAAGGAAAGGAAAUGCCAAAACCCUGUUACAGUUGUUCCGUUGCUGCUGCCUAGAAGAAACAAGGAUGUCUCAAGAUCUAAACCAGGCAAUUAAAAACAGGCAGUUUCCCUCCCCCUCCAAAGCACUCCACCCAUAGAAAUAUUCGGAUAAAUAUAAUCUAGACAGUCUUUGCACUCGCGAUUCCACAACCUGAAAUGCAAUGGAGAGGUUUUACCUUCUUCAGUUUCAAAGUUGGAGGGUUUUGGUCAUUUAUUUUUUAAGUAUCAAACUAGUGGCUUUUCAGCCGCAGUAUCUUCACUCUGAGAUAACCAGUCUUCACAACAUAUUUUUUAAUAUCCUCAAGCUCAAUUUUAAGACAAAGCAAUUUUAAUACUAGGUGCACACCACAUGCCCUUGCUGCAAACUGCUUUUCUUGACAGGUUAUGAAGUAGUUCAAGGAGGUAUGGUUAAGGCUGUAUUACUGAAUGGUGCUGGUAAAUACUACACAAUUUUUUGUCACGUUGCAACCUUGUUUCCAAUUUAGUGACUGCUGCUAUGGAAUCAGAUAGCAACAAUGACAACAUUAUUAGGAUUUUUUUUUACUAUGAUUUAGUAGCAACUGAGGUUCCCGAUUUUAACCCCUUGGCAGCAAGAUCCAAGUUCCCUCAUUUGCACAUUAGCACCUAAGAGUCAAGGGGUUAAAUAACCAGCACAAAAGAUACUGCACUUCUGAUUGUAGCAUUUGGCAGAACUGAAAGGAAAGGAAGUUGUGCUACAUGUUGAAGGGAUUGUGGGCAACAGAAAGAAGACACCAGGAGAAGGUAAAACGCUGUCACAUGAAGUCUUCAAAGUCUUGUAUGUACCCUCCGUCAUAACCACCAUAGUCGGCCAGGUCAUCCUUCAUGGUCGCCUUUAACCCCCCUCCAGGAACCACACCUUUCUUCUUCUUUUUAGCUUUGCUUUGCUGAAGAUAAGAAAGAGUUAAUUUGUGAGAUUUCAUCUGUUCUACGCUUCUUGCUUUGCUGAAGAUAAGAGUUAAUUUGUGAGAUUUCAUCUGUUCUAAGCUUCUAACCUGAUUAACCACCCUCCCAGAGACACACCUAACCCUCAGGUCCCAGUUCUCUAAGGGAAUCCCCAGGCCUACAUGCACACGUCUCUAAAUGAAGGACAUGCAUGGCCCCUAGCUUAGUGCAGUCCCAUUUAAAUGGCCCCGGUCAGUUUCCUGCCUUGAAGUUUCUUAGUUCAGGUUCUUACCAUAUUUGAGGAAAAUAAUGUAUUGCUUCUGACCUUUCUCAGUAUAAAAUUUCUGCCCUACCAAAAACCCCACAUUAAGGUGAAUGCACACUUACCUUUUCUUGCUUCUGUUUUUCACUGCAAAGCACAGUCAAAGAAUUGGUAAUCUUUUUCAAGUCAUCUAUUUCCACUAAAAAACAAGGUGGGAGGAGGACAUACCACUUGAUUUUAAUUUACAGAAUUUUAGGAAUACAUUUCUCCCAAAGUGUUUAAAAGUCUAAUUUUUUCAGCAGUAACUUUAGAAUGACUAUGAAUUUUUCUUUAAACUUAAGGUGGUAAACAACCAUUUUGUCUAUGGCUAGUCUCACCAACCAGAACUCACUGUUUUGAUUAAAAUUGCAAACUCGGUGACAAAAAUUUAAAUUUGAUGACCUAUCACCGAGACACCCAUCAACUGGGCAAAAGUAAACUUUGAGCAUGUCUGUGGUGCUGGCUUUCCCUCUGACCCAGCCUUUGUGGCAGGGAGACGGCCAUGCCCUUUCCUAACACACUCCAAAGACGAGCCCCCCAGUACUCCCAUCUUCUAGCACAGUAAAUAGGAUGUCUCUGGAACCUGUGUUAUUAAUCGGAAAAUUAAUCUGACUUAAAAGGCUCCCCCAGAGAAGCACACAUACUCACAUCCAUGUGAAAAGGUGAAACUAGAAACACACACACCAGGGUUCAGCUACCAAACUGUUCAGUGCUUUGGUCAGAAAAAUUAGUGCUGUGUGGGACAAAAGACGAACUUAGACCAUUACUGGUCAAAAUCAGAAGUCCCAAGUCAGAGUGAUAACUUCUCGGAGAAACCUAAUUUCAAAUAUUUCAAAUUGCAUAGGAUUGAUUUGUUUUUCUGACUCCUAAGAACAGAAAACCCUAGCAAAACCAGUCCCCUCACAUCCGUGCUGCUUGUUAGGGCUGGUCCCAUACACUCUGCCCUGAAAGGCAUGCCUCAUCCCAGGGCCUGGCCCCAUAGCCCCAUAGUGGUACCCAGGUGCCAGCUUUAAAAUGUAUGUACCCAGAAUCAUUUUCACAAAGCAAUAGUUCCUAGACUCUAUCAGAUAUAGAAGGACAAGUAAUAUACAAUCCAACUUUGACAAAAUAUCUAAAAUAGACAAGAGACCGAAGUGUGGCUGUGUGGGGAAGAUGGAGCUAUUGCGUAAUGAGUUUGUUUCUGAUGAAGAAAUACAUAUGGAACUGGAUAGGGAUGACGGUAGCAAAACCCAGUGGUUUAAUUAUGUCACUUAGAAAGGUUGAAACAGCAAACAACAAACUUUUUGUUACAUAAUUUUACCACAAUAAUGAAAAAGGUCAAUCAGAUAAAAAGAAGCCGGUGUUUUAUAAGCUGUUGUGCUGACAAGCCCAGGUGUCUGGGAAGCCAUUGUAAAAACAAUUAACAAGGCAGCCUCAAAA